UAAGGUCUUCGACAACCGUGGCGGUGGUGUUGGUGGACAGUGGCCGAUAUAACAGCAGUACACCGGCUAACCCACCGUCUGCACGCUAGCAACCCGGUAAUCUGCACCUGAGACAGUAGUCCGAGCGCUGACUCAGGACUGUCGGAGUUGGAAGCCUGCCUUGUUCUCGCUCUCUCUUUCUCUUUCUCGCUCUCUCUCGCUCUCGCUCUCUCUCUCUCGCUCUCUCUCUCUCUCGCUCUCUCUCUCUCGCUCUCUCUCUUUGAGCUGCGUAUGAGAUCAGAGGACCGAGGCUAAAACGGAGAGCUCAUUCCACAACACGACAGUCAUCCAUGGCUCUCUGCAACGGAGAUAGCAAGCUGGAGAUCAGCAAUGCGGAGCAGAAUGGGUCAUGUGAGGGGGCAGUGGUGAUCCUGGAUGCAGGAGCCCAGUAUGGCAAAGUGAUUGACAGACGAGUACGAGAGCUGUUUGUGCGCUCUGAGAUCCUGCCCUUGGAGACUCCCGCCUUUGCCAUCAGAGAACAGGGCUUCAGGGCGAUCAUAAUUUCCGGAGGUCCUGCCUCUGUGUAUGCAGAAGAUGCUCCCUGGUUUGACCCGGCCAUAUUCACAAUUGGAAAACCCGUCCUAGGAAUCUGCUAUGGCAUGCAGAUGAUGAACAAAGUUUUUGGUGGCACAGUACACAGAAAAAGUGUGAGGGAGGAUGGAGUGUUCAACGUUGGACUGGACAACACCUGUUCUCUCUACAGAGGCCUUCAAAAGGAAGAACUGGUGCUGUUGACCCAUGGAGACAGUGUGGACAAGGUGGCUGAUGGGUUCAAGGUGGUGGCCACAUCAGGGAACAUCAUUGCUGGUAUUGCCAAUGAGCAGAAGAAGCUGUAUGGGACACAAUUUCACCCAGAAGUAGAUCUGACAGAGCGAGGCAUGGAGAUGCUGCGUAACUUCCUGUUUGAGAUUGCAGGUUGUACGAGUAACUUCACUGUUCAGAACCGGCAGCAGUCCUGCAUCAACGAAAUCAGAGAGAAAGUUGACAAAUCUAAAGUGCUGGUGCUGCUGAGUGGCGGGGUAGACUCCACAGUGUGCACAGCACUCCUCAACAAGGCUCUGAACCAGGACCAGGUGAUAGCAGUUCACAUCGACAACGGGUUCAUGAGAAAGAAAGAGAGUCAGAGUGUGGAGGAAGCCCUCACCAAGCUCGGCAUUAAACUCAAAGUGGUGAAUGCUGCCCACACCUUCUACAAUGGAACGACGACCCUGCCCAUCUCCGAGGAGGACAGGACACCACGGAAACGCAUCAGCAAGACUUUGAAUAUGACUACCAACCCUGAGGAGAAGAGGAAGAUAAUUGGAGACACAUUUGUGAAGGUGGCCAAUGAAGUGAUCGGCGAGAUGAACCUCAAGCCUGAUGAGGUUCUCCUUGCUCAGGGCACUCUGAGACCUGAUCUGAUCGAGAGUGCCUCUCUCAUUGCCAGUGGCAAAGCAGAGGUCAUCAAAACACACCACAAUGACACAGAACUCAUCCGCAAACUCAGAGAUGAGGGAAAAGUAAUCGAGCCCCUAAAGGAUUUCCACAAAGAUGAGGUCCGAGCACUGGGAAGAGAACUGGGUUUGCCAGAAGAGAUUGUCUCUCGACACCCUUUCCCUGGUCCUGGUCUUGCCAUCAGAGUGAUAUGUGCAGAUGAGCCCUACGUCUGUAAAGACUUUGCCGAAACAAAUAAUAUUCUCAAAAUCAUCACAGACUUCUCUGCCAGCGUCAAAAAGCCUCAUGCCUUGCUUCAGAGAGUCAAGACAUGCAUAUCUGAUGAGGAGGAAGAGAAGCUUAUGCAGAUCACCAGCCUUCAUUCACUCAAUGCCUUCCUGCUGCCCAUCAAAACUGUUGGUGUCCAGGGUGACUGCCGGUCCUACAGUUAUGUGUGUGGUGUCACCAGUAAAGAAGCUCCGCACUGGGAGUCCCUCAUGUUCCUGGCCAGGCUCAUCCCUCGUAUGUGUCACAGCAUCAACAGAGUUGUGUAUGUAUUUGGGUCCCAUGUGAAGGAGCCUCCAACAGACAUUACACCGACCUUCCUGACAACCGGCGUUCUGAGUACACUCAGACAGGCUGACUUUGUUGCCCACUCUAUCCUCAGAGAGUCUGGCCACUCUGGUAAGGUCAGCCAGAUGCCGGUCAUCCUGACUCCUCUGCACUUUGACCGUGACCCCCUGCAGAAGCAGCCAUCUUGCCGACGCUCUGUGGUGGUCCGCACAUUCAUUACCAGCGACUUCAUGACUGGGAUCCCCGCUACACCUGGCAACCAUAUCCCAGAGGAGGUGGUGUUAAAGAUGGUAAAUGAGAUCAAGAAGAUUCCAGGCAUCUCCAGAGUCAUGUAUGACCUCACCUCUAAACCACCUGGCACCACUGAAUGGGAGUAAAAUGCAACAUGACAAUAUACAGCUACAGAGAGCGCACUUACACACGUGUGUAUAUAUACACACACACACACACACACACACACACACACACUGACUCAACAGAGAUCAGAGAGGGCUCUGAUAUCAGCUCCUCUCCUCUUCCUCUUCAGUCUGUCCUUCCUCUCUACCUUCCCCUGUUCUCUUAACAUCCUCCACGCACACAUGAUGCUCAGCUCUCCUUCCUUUAUCACCCUCCCUCUCUCGAACAUUCCCAUGGAAGGCAGGCAUUACUGUGACCAGCGCACAUGCAAAGGCGCUACUUCUCUGCUUUCCCCUCCAUAUGAUUACACAAAUUCUUUUUGGUGACUUGGUAUGAUGUUAAAGUUGGUUAUCGAUCAUGUAUUGACAAUUCACUUUUUGGACCCAUGUGUGACAAUGCAUUUCUUCUUUUCCUCUGUGGAAGAUAAUUUGCUGCUUCCUUGUGAGGGCGUUUGUUGAGGGCAGACGGUCACACGUUUUGAAAGUUCAGAAAGACUUUCACAGCGUACCUCAGGUUGCAUUAAAGGUAUUUGCAGAGCAUGAAAUCAAACGGUCAAGUAAAAGGAAGACCAGUAACUUAGUGGUUUUGAAUGUCAUCCUUUUUGUUUUAUCCUUCUUUUUUUUUUAAAAUCGUCUCAAUGUCACAGUUCACUUUUUUUUUUGUUUUACUGUUUUAAUCUUGGUUUAAGACUAUUUUCCUCAUGCAUUCAUUUUCCACCUCUACUGUACUGAGAUGGGCAAGGGCUGCAUGUCCAAAGCAAUCCUGAACAGAGAACCUAUGUGACCAACUAAUUAUUAUUUUAAAAAAAACAACCUUGUUUUGCCAAACGUAGACUAAGCUGUGUUGAGGUUACAUUCUGGGCUUCGGCCUUCUGAGGAUCUACUGCACACUAGAACUGAAGUGAAGAAGCUAAUGAGGUGAUGACUAUUGCUGUCAUAUCACAAACACCAGUCAGCUCAGAAGAUUGCUUGUUAAGUAUCACGGAUAUACAAAUGUGCAGGAUGCCAAAAUGGGGGAGGACCUUUUCGUGUGCCUGAUUUUCUUAGUCUUUUUCUUUCAUUUUCUUGAUGUGAAUUUACCUGGACUCACACUUGUUUCCAGAAGAGGGUAUAGUAACGGUUUUCCCAUGCUGCAACAUGUAAGUGUUUAACAAAAAAAAAAAAAACAAGUCUAUAAGAAGGCACUCUUAACGUUAACGACGUAAUUAAAAUUAGAGUAGAGUUUAUAACCAGUGCUGUAAGAAUCACUGUCUUUACUUUCAUUGUCAUUCGGCAACUCCUGCGUUGUGUGGGAGCAACUUUUUGCACAUAAUUUUUUUACCCGUGUUAAAGCCUUGGUGCUUUUUUGAGAUAUAAAAGAAUAGUAUGAUCAGGAACCUUCAUGUUUUCCACAGCAGUGUCAAAUUGGGCUACCAUCAAAUGUUGCCAUCUCUAAAAUACGGUCAAUAUGUUUCUCCAGACAGCAUUGAGUUUUUGUUAUGCAUUGUUAAAAUACUGAUUAAAUCCCAGGCUGUUGUCUUAAGUUUCAUCAUUUAGUCCACAAGACAUACGGCUCUCAGGUUUAACUGAGUUUCUAACAGUUUAUUAUACCCAACAUGGAACCAUUAGAGAUAUUCUCUUCGAUUCUGUGAUUCUUACAGUCUCAUGCCUGCAAACUUGUCUUUGUGCCUCUCAUCCUGUUAUUUCCACAGUUUGUGUCAAAUAAGUGCAUAAUACAGAACUGAACUGUUCCUUUAACGUCUUAACUGCAAAUGAUUUAUUGUUGCUCUGUCUGUGUUGCCUUUUAUACACGUGUAUCUUAUGACACAAAUGUCUCCAUAGAUAUCAGCGUGAUAUGAAUGGAUAUUUAAUGUUUUUUAGCUGGAUUUUUUGUUUGUUUUUUUUUUUGUUUUUUUUUUUGCAGUAUCAAUGAAAAUAAGUUUGCAAUUCAAUGCCGGAUGUUUAAUUUUGGGGUUUUUUUUCUUCUGUUGACAAUGAACAAUGCUCAUUCUCCCUAGUAAUGUGCCUCAAUCCAAGCCACCGCAUGCAGUUUCAACUAUGACAUUUGUAUGACAAACUCAGCUUUAAUAAAGUCCAUGUUGAAAUUCUAAACUGGCUUUUUAAUGACAAGUCCAUAUUUUGCACUUGAUGAUACUCUCCUUUCAAACAUGA